AUGGACUCGGUGACCUUUGAGGACGUGGCUGUGAACUUCACUCUGGAGGAGUGGGCCUUACUGAAGUCUUCACAGAAGAAACUCUACAGAGAUGUGAUGAGGGAAACCUUCAGGAACCUGGCCUCCAUAGGUAACAAAUGGGAAGAUCAUGACAUCAAAGAUCAGUACAAAAACCAGAAGAGAAAACGAAGAAGUCAUAUGUUGGAGAGAAUCUGUGAAGGGAAAACGGUCAGUCCAUGUGGGGAAAACAUCAGCCUCGUUCCUGAUUGCAUUCUGAAGAAGAAACCGCUUCCCAGAGGAACACCGUGUGAAUGCGCAAUGUUUGACAAAGCCUUCACGGAUCACUCAUCCCAGGGUGGUCACACCGGCUGUCACACUGGACAAAACUUCUCUGGGUAUCAGGGAUGUGGAGCGAAGCCAUAUAAAUGUAACGUAUGUGGGAAAGCCUUUAGUUAUCUCCAGUGCUUUGAAAAUCAUGAAAGAACUCACUAUGGAGAGAAACCCUAUAAGUGUAAGGAAUGUGGGAAAACCUUUAUGUGGCUCAAAAUCCUUCAAAAACACAUGACCAAACAUAGUGCUGACGCUCCUUAUCAUGGUAAGGUGUGUAUGAAACCCUUUAAUUCCUCAGCUUCCCUUCAAGCAGGUGACAGGACCCACUCUGGAGAAAAGGCCUAUCAAUGUGAAAAAUGUAGUAAAACAUUCAGGCAUCCCAGCCAACUCCACGUACAUGGAAGGACUCACAGUGCAGAGAAACCGUAUGAGUGUAGGAUAUGCGGGAAGACCUUCAAAUAUUUCAAAUCCUUAGAACCGCACAGAAUGACUCACACAGCAGGGAAACCCUAUGCGUGUAAGGAAUGUGGAAGAGCAUUCAGACAUUCCAGCUCCUUAGAAAUACACCAAAGGUUUCACACUGGAGAGAAGUCCUAUGAGUGUAAACACUGUGGGAGAGCUUUCAGUUAUCGCAGCUCCCUUAAAGGACACAUGAAAAUGCACACGGGAAAUACUCCUUAUCAGUGUAAGGAAUGUGGGAAAGUAUUCACUCUCGUCAGGUCCUAUCGAAAUCACGAGAGGUACCACACUGGCGUGAAGACCUAUCAAUGUGAAAAGUGUAGCAAGGCGUUCAUGUACCCUAGUUGUCUUCGAAGACACGAGAGAACCCACACCGAAGAGAAACCAUAUGAAUGUAGGAUAUGUGGAAAGUCCUUCAAAUAUUUCAGGUCCUUAGAACCACACAAGAUGACUCACACAGGAGAAAAACCCUACGAAUGUAAGGACUGUGGAAGAGCAUUCAGAUACUACAGCUCCUUAGAAAUACACAAGAAGUUUCACACUGGAGAGAAGUCCUACGAAUGCCAACACUGUGGGAAAGCCUAUAGCUAUCCCAGCUCCCUCAAGGGACACAUGAAAAUGCACACUGGAAACACACCUUACCAAUGUAAGGAAUGUGGGAAGGCAUUCACUUGCCUUAGUUUGUUACAAAGACAUGAAAGAACUCACACUGGAGAGAAACCCUAUGAAUGUAAGCAAUGUGGAAAAACCUAUAAAGAUCACAAUAACUUACAAACACACGAAAGAAAUCAUACCGGAGAGAAACCCUUUAAGUGUAAGGAAUGUAG